CCCCCUUCCAUCAUUUUCCCAUCUCUUACUCACUCUCUUCCCUACAACAAACAUGGCCGCGAAAUCUGAUGGUGCACCCGUCUCUCUACGAAACGAAAUCCCACCCGAGUGUCCUUCCAGGUCGGACCCACGGCCUCCCCAGCGCCGUCCCGCCGAGCAGCGCUACUCCCUCCCGGACUGCUGUUGGACGCUGUGCGCCCUUUUGGUCUUCUUCUCGGACGGGGCCUCAGACCUGUGGCUGGCCGCGGACUACUACCUAAGGAGGGACUACUGGUGCUUUGCACUGACUCUGGUCUUUGUGAUAGUCCCGUCCGUGGUCGUGCAAGUGUUGAGCUUCCGAUGGUUCGCCUACGAUUUCUCGGAAACCGUCGAGAGCGGCACGGCUGCGGCCGCCGUGGUGGCAGCGUCGGGAGCGGAGGAGAGCGACUUCAGCACCAAGGACAGCGGCGAGCGGGGCGCUGGCUGCACUGCCGGGGCCGGGGUGCUGCCUGGGCCGGGCACCGCGGGAGGAGCCCGGGGCUGCUGCAGAGUAUUCAUGUGGCUCUUCCAGGCCAUCGUUCACAUCUUUCAGCUGGCACAGGUCUGGAGGUAUGUCCACGCCUUGUAUUUGGGUGUGCAGAGCCGCUGGCACAGGGACCCCGAGCGCCGUCACUACUACUGGCGUAUGAUGUUUGAGAGCGCUGAUAUAAGCAUGUUGCGUCUGCUGGAGUCCUUCUUGAAGAGCGCCCCUCAGCUGGUGCUGCAGCUCAGCAUCAUGAUCCAGGCCAGUCAGGUGCUGCCCCUCCAGGGUCUUUCAGCUUCUGCCUCACUGAUAUCCCUCGCGUGGAUGGUCUCCUCCUAUCAGAAAGUCCUGAGGGACUCCCGAGACGAUAAGCUACCUAUGACCUACAAGGCCGUCAUAGUUCAGAUUCUGUGGCACCUGUUCACCAUCGGGGCCCGCACUCUGGCUUUUGCUCUGUUCGCCUCCGUGUUCCAGCUUUACUUUGGCAUCUUCAUCGUGGCCCACUGGUGCAUCAUGACGUUUUGGAUCAUUCAAGGUGAAACAGACUUCUGCAUGUCCAAAUGGGAGGAGAUCAUCUAUAACAUGAUGGUGGGCAUUGUGUAUGUUUUCUGCUGGUUCAGUGUGAGAGAGGGGCGCACUCGCUGCAGAAUGCUCAUCUAUAGUCUGACUGUAUUCGUUGAGAAUGUGGCACUCACCACUGCCUGGUACCUGUACCGCGGCCCUCGUAGCUCAGACUUCUACGCCGUCAUCAUGGUGUGUGUGGUGGCCAGCAGCUAUGCUCUGGGCACCUUCUUCAUGUUUGUGUAUUACUGUCUGCUGCACCCUGACGGCCCAGUCUCAGGGUGGGGUUAUAUCGUGGAGAAGGAGGUGCCUCUGGAGUCGCUGGCCUCACCAGCUUCCAGCCUCCCCCCUGACCUGGUGAGCAGCCCCCCCAGGACCCUUCAGAGAACUAAAGGGUCAGACAGAGAGCAAGGGCCUGGGGUAGAUGGAGACGUGUUUCAGGUACGACCACCUCGGGGAGCGCAGGCCCUAGUGCCACACCUCACACCCAGGACAGAGGGGCCCGUCAUCCGAAUAGACCUGCCCAGGAAGAAGUACCCCGCCUGGGACGCUCACUUCAUUGACCGCCGGCUGCGUAAAACCAUCCUGGUGCUUGAAAGCGCUGCCCCGGUCACACCCAGGAUUCAGUACCGCUGUCUGGGCACACCCAAAGAAGUGAUGGAGUAUGAGACCACCGUAUGAUGUGCUGAAGGCGCUGUGACUCAGCUCGCUGCCAUGUGGACAUCCUGCCUUAGAAUAAAAUGGCAGGUGGACUCUCACUGAGCAGUCUGUUUCAGCUCCACGCCCACUUGAUUGCUCUCUGUACUGUCAGGAAGUGGAGACAAACGGGCAAAGAAAGGGACAGAGUGUGAUGUCUUUAUUUUAUACAAAGGCACAAACCUGUGAUGUUGUCUAAUGAUGGUGCAUAUUUAAGUUUCUGUAUCAUUUCUCAGGUCAGGAUGUGGUACAGGAAGAGGUCGAGGUUAGCGGCAAAGAUCGCUGCCCAGUGAACUUAGAGAGGAGCACAGGCAGGCAGAGAAGUGGAGUGGUGUGAUUAUCAAUCAGAGGCAGAAAGUCCUCCUCAGUGAAGGUGCUUCAGCACAUCCUCUAAAGGCGGUCGACAACAGAGGCAAGCCUUCAACAUGCAUGACUACUUAUGGCAGCUAGAACCGAAACAUCGCCGAACAAGAUGUGGAGGGGAGGCAUUAAAGAUGCUAAACUCGCACUGUCAUUUUAAACACAGUCUACAAUAAAUGCUGCACAGGUUCUGAUCAUCAUAAUCAUGAUUUUCCAUAGCUAUUCACUCAUGUUGAAGGAGUCUCUGCAAAUGCUGCUUCAAACCUGAAGGGCAGUUCAAAAGCAACAUUUGAGUUGAAUGUAAAAACAGUUGAAAAUGUGAUUAUUUGUGACAAGGCUUCAAGCAUUUUCAUGCUGUUAGUGGGAUUUACAACAUUCCUGUGGUACUCUAUUUGUUUUUUGAGGUAAGCUAGAACAAAAAAAAAAGAGAUUUGUGUGUGUUUACAAGCAAUCUGUUGUUUUUGGGACAUGCCAUCACUAUUAUUGUAACCAGAUGCACCUUCCUCCAGAAUGUGUAUGUACUGAACAAUUGCAACAUUAUGAUUUCCAUUACAUUUGCAGGAUGUGUUUUACAGAUAGGAUUCUCAACAGCUGUAUUUUCGUACUGCACCCAUCUUACAGAACAAAGGCAACAGGACAGGCAUUCAUUUCCAUGUAAAUUAAACUGUACAAUGAUGGAGAAGUUACAGAGGGACAGCGCUGUCUGUAAUUGUACUGUAUCCAUACUUUGUUGUCUGAAAAAUGUAAAAAUAGAAUUAGCUGCAGACUCCAGAUUCCUAACAGAAUAGCUUUGAUAUUAUUGAUGGUACAGGCAUGUGGUACUUUUGGUAACACUUUAUUCUACUGGUCCGUUAUUUCCUUAUAUUUUCCUCAAAACUUUCCUAGAGAGAAAUAUGUCAUUUGGUAUGAUCUUUUAAAAUUAUUUUCAUAUUAUUAUUAUUUUAUAUUAUAUUAUUUAUAUAUUAGCAAUUUAUUCAAAAUCAAUGCUCGAUUUAAAUCCAAGAAAAAGUGGAAAAGUGUAUUCAUCAUUCACAGAAACUUAAUUCUGCAUAAAUGUUUAAUUGCAUAAAUGCCCGUAGUCAAAUUGCACAUUUUUUCAUGUUCAGUGAAACAGUGAGUCAAUUCAUUCAGCAGACGAUUGACUAUUUUGAUUAAUGAUUAAUUGUUUCAAUAAUUUUUCAAAAAUUCCAAAUACCAGAGCUCAGUGAAAUUUGAAAUAGAGUAAAUGAUUAAUCAAAAAUCAAUAAUGAAAAAAAUCCUCAGUUGCAGCCCUAAUUGGAACUGAUCAUUCAGUAGUUUAGUAAUUUAACAUUGUCUGUAUUGCCCUAUUAUUAAUGCUAGUUAAAGUUCUUUCCAUGGAACUUUAUGGAAAAUAAUUAGGAAUUUAUGGACCCCUGAAAUAAAGCUAUACCGUGCUUUCUUUUAUCAGGGUUGUUUUUCUAUAGAAUAGUCAAAAGAGGAAAAUUUCUGAACUGUGCGUGUGUCUGUGAGUGUUUGCGUGUCUGUGUGUAUGUGUGUGUGAGCUCACAUACCAGCAUGUGUAUGGCUGUAUGUGGGAGGGAAAGAGUCCUGCCAUGUGCAUUUAAGUUAAUUUGAAAUUGUUUCACUGAGAAAUGACAGUUUUGUUGUAAACACUGUCCAUUCAUCUUCUUUUUCUCCAGAUGACAAUGAGAGAAAGAAAUAGCCCACAGAGCACCUUCACCACCCCUGUCGCAGAAACAAAGCCAAAGAGGCUUCGAUUAUGGUGCUAACUGUCUGAGUCCAUCACAUAACAACCACACAGUGAACCAUAAAAUGAGCUUGUUGUGACAGGAGGUGGUCGGGGCUGUACCUCAAACAAAGCUAGAAUCAAAAAGCCUUAAACUGGUCAUGCCAGACUGUUGCUGUUCAGAGCAAGAAAAAAAAGUUAACAAGAAGGUGAAGACAAUUUCAUUAUGUUGGUGUUGCUACAAUAAAGAGCAAUGUGUUUACCUGA